GUCACGUGCUGCUUGUUACUUUCCUCAGCGCUGGGCAGGACGGACCAAUCCUGGAUAAGCUUGAAUCUUUUCCCGCUCCUCUUCAUCACUGAGGAUGAUGAUUUAUUUCAUUUAUAUCAUCUGUUCACUUUAUUUAAAAAUGUUAUAGACUUUGAGGCAGAUAUGACACGUUUUUGUGAACGACACGCAAACGCUCACAUGUUGAAUGUAUCGCAGAUGACUGAAGGUUUAUAGCGCCGCCUGGAGGUCGAGCUCCAAACAGAGCGUCGCCUGAGAAUUACGUCAUUUUCCCGCGACGAGCCUGCGAAGAUGGCUUCGUUACAGAAGGGGAAGAAAGUGGUAAAUCAAGACGAUUUACGGCGGUUAAUGAGGGAGAAGAAGCGGUCGACGGAGCGGGAGAAGCGCGUGGAAUCGCCGUACGCCAAAUACAACAGUGUGGGUCAGCUGAGCUGCGCGCUGUGCAACGCGUCCGUCAAAUCCGCGCUGCUGUGGCAGACUCACGUGCUGGGAAAACAACACAAGGACAGAGUCAGCGAGCUGAAGAACAGAGACAGCACUCCGACACCUGCUCCUUCAUCAUCAUCAUCAUCCUCAUCGCUGAAGAGAGGCGCGCCGGAGCCCGUGUGUUCUUCAUCAUCCUCAUCCUCAGGGAAAAGAGCCAAGAGUCACAUCACUGCAGGUGCAGCCGCGGGACAGCCGGAGCAGACGGCCGUAUCUUCCCGUCAGUCAGCAGGUCUCGGGCUCCUCGUCGGACACUAUGAUGAUGAUGAUGAUGACGAAGACACCAGCAGUGCAGCUCCAGCUGAGGAGCCGGUCCCGGCCGCCGGCCUCCCUGCGGAUUUCUUCGACAGCAGCGUCUCCGCCGCGCCGCCAGCCGUCUCUCACUCCGGCUCCGUGUCCAAAGCCGAGGACGGGGACGAGACGGCGCCGGAGAAGAAGGACAACACGGCCGAAGCUUUACCCGAGGGCUUCUUCGACGAUCCGGUGCGCGACGCCAAAGUGCGUAACGUGGACACGCCCCGAGAUCACAUGGACCGCGAGUGGGAGGAGUUCCAGAAGGAGAUGCGGCAGGUGAACACCGCGUCCGACGCCAUCGUGGCUGAAGACGACGAGGAAGGGCGGCUGGAGCGGCAGAUCGACGAGAUCGACGAGCAGAUCCAGUGCUUUCGCCGCGUGGAGGUAUUACGCGCCAAACAGGAAGUAGUGAAGAGCGCGCUGAGGAGAGAGAGACGGCAGCGGGACGAGCCGCGGUCGGCCGGCGGCGAGGAGGAGGAUGAGGAAGAGCUGAUGCACGUGCUGACGCAGGACUGGAGGGCCAAAGGAGCGCUGGCGUGAUCAAACACACCGUUACCUGCUGAAGAACUCAUUUCUGACCUGUUUCUCUGGAGUGAUGAUGAUGAUGAAGAUGAUGAUGAUGUGUGUUCAUACAGAGACUCGUUAAAUCAGAAGCAGUGUGAACUGUCUAUAAAGCACAGCAGCUUCAGAGUUUGUACAUGUUUGAUUGUUCCUGCACAAAUCUUUAAUAAUCCUCUGAUGUCCUUCAGUUACCGUGUUAUUAAUUGUUUAACUCUUUAUUCACAAUACACAUCUUUACACGACUCAUGAUGUUUAAGACUGCAAUGCCUAAUAAAAGCAGACUUGAGCAGAUGAUACGAUAGUUCUCUUACAGAGACGAUAUAAUCAAGAUUUCUGCUGUGCAUCGCAUGAUUAGGCAGGAGAUAUAUAUAAUCUCUGAACCCAUUCAGCUGCACACAAUUUGAAGAUCAUUUGCGAUGUACAGAUUUCUCAUCUGGAAGAGAGACGUACAUGUUCGUCCUCUGAAUCACAUACACAGAUUAGAGAAAUUAUAUUAAGAUCAAAUGUAGGAUGUUUUCUACACAUUUUAUUAAAGAAACCCCUGGAGCCAAGGAAGAUUGUGAAGUUUCAGGCUGUAGGUUUGUGUCUGUACAGUCUGGGAUAAAAAGGUUUUAUAUAGAUCUAAAUAAAGUGAUGGAAGCUGUUAAGAGUCUGUUGAGGACACGUUCUUCCUCUGUGAUGAUGAUGAUGAUGGUUACAGCGCUCAUGAGAGCCAGACCGAUGAUGAGCAGAUAUCUGACAUGAACACGAGGCCUGUGAGGCAGUGAUGAAGAUGAUCAUAUAUGAGCUCUUAUAAUCACUCCUGUUCAUUGCAGAAAAAGAACGUUUGAAUACCAAUAAAUGUAUUUGCAUCUGUUAA